ACUGCACAAGCUAUAGCUGAAAAGAAAGUGCUUGUGGGUGAAAUGAGGAUUUUCGAGGCGUUCGUAAAAAAUCUCGAAUCGACUUCAGUUGAUGAACGUAUACUCAGGGUAUUCAAUGAGCUUCUAGCAUCAGACAUCAAUUGGUAUUCACGCAAUGCACAAGGCAUUCUGACGAGUGAAUCUUUGGAGCAUCUCGCUCGACACGGACCACUGGAGAUUCUGAACGCGUUGAAAGAGCGUUUAGUUGAGCAUCCAGACCCGAACAGCGAUGAUGUUCAGUUCUCGAAUGGUAACGAGAAUCCACUAGUGGGAAUUGUUGAAUACUGGAUAGAAUCAGGUAUUCCUAUUUCAUCAACUUACAACUAA